GCCUUUGCUAGCGCUCGGGUCCGCUCUCGAGGCUGUGGGGUGGGAACGAGGUUUUCGGUGGAGCUUUGGGAGAGAGUGCGAUGUCCGGAAUGUGCUCAAUUUGCGAGCUUACUGUCACCGAAUUCCGAGUAAAAACUCUGUUCGGAACGUCGUAGAGUCGGGCACGCGAGGCGUUUGACGUGAUUGAUGAUCGCGAGUGUCCUGAGGGAAUUGCGAUGAGAGCCUGGUUCGGAGGCCAGCACGAUUGGUUACAGCUUUCCGGAGAAAAUUUUACGAGUCAACUGCAUUGUCGUACUCUUCCGCUGAACUGGUUCGGGAACGGAUGAAAGGAGUAGCGGGCCUAAAGUGGAAGUGACUCCAAUUCUGAUAGGAGAGGAGAGGAGAGAAACGAAGAAAAGGGAAGAGAAGCAGGCCGCGCUUGAAAUGUCUAAUAUAAACUGAAGUGCUCAGGAAUCAACCUUAAUUUAGGAGUAACAUGCGCGCGCAAUUCAUGCAUUUACCUCUCUCAUCUUGUGCGAGACGUUUUGGCAUCAUUGUAUCGACACUCAACAUCGGGACAACGACAAGAUUACAGUACAGCGUUGAAUAGUUCCUGAUGGUUGAUCUGCCACUGAAGAAGAAUCUACAUCAUCGGCUCGGGAUCGCGGACCAUGACCAUUGAACUACUUUGACUGCCUCGAAUAAUUGUGGGGAACGGCCGCACAAUGCAAGUCGUCAGAGGAGCGAAGGUCCACUCGUGCGGAGAUGAUGGUCUUGAUAUGGAAGUAAUUACGGAGCGCUCCUUAAGUCCUCAGGAUCUUGGGGCAGUCAUAUUUGGCUGCACAACAACCAGUUAUAACGAGUGUAUAACAAAUAAGCACUUCGGACUUCCCUUCACACAGGUAAAGUAUGUCGAACGAAUCGAAGAAGGCUUGCCGAUUUUUUUGUUCAACUUCAGCGAGAGAGAAAUGCUCGGAAUUUUCGAGGCAGUCAGCGCUGCCGUUCAUGUCGAUUCUAGUGCUUCGGAGAUUCACGACCUCAAUUCUCGACCCUCAUUCCCCGCGAGAGUUUGUGUUAGAGCUCGUAAGGACUGGCCCAUUGUUUCAUUGCCUGAAACUAUCUUCAAAGAGGCGAUCAUUGACAAUUACUACUCGUACACUCGAUUCUACUUUGAAUUGGAUCAUAAACAGGCCGAUGAACUCGUAGAUCUAUUUAUGAGGCAGACGAUCAUCCCACCACGACAAAUAUCCUACUGUCACGGUUUCGAUCGUUUCAGUGCUCCCCAAACGGAUGUACAUGUUGUGUACAGAGAAAGCUUGACUCCUGACACCAUAUCGUUUGAACAUAAUCUUGGGCCUGAACGGUAUGACAGCUCUGAACUUCAAUUUGAGAGUUCUAUUUCUGAGAAGCCUGUCGCACAGAAACCUUACGAUUGGGAUAAUUAUUCUUCUUCCUUGAGUUCAGAAUCGUUCUCUUUCGGUUCUACUCAUGAUCAGUAUGAUAUGAGUUUGUACGAUACACCAAAAUGUGGGUACGUGCCUGUUCUAGAAGAUACCAUCACAUUUAGACUCGAUAAAGUCGCCGGUAAGGAUAUGAUAGAAGCAGGAACUUUCUCUUUCCACCAUGAAGCUUCCCAGACUUCUACGUCAAAAUCAGAUGAAGAUGGAAGAGAUCCAGAAUCCACUGAGGAAAGCUCACCAACGGCUACUACAUCUGUUUUCGAGAGAGUACUUGACAAUGCCAGAAUAGAGCAUGAGAGGAUCAUACAACAACCUGAUAAAACUGUUGAUUCUGGAUUUCAUCCUCAGCUCACUAAGCAGGAAGAGGAGAUAGCUGGAAGUGAUGCAGCAAUCACAUCCCCUCCAAUUCAUGAGGAGGAAGCGUUACGGACAGGUGACAUUACAAAAUAUGCUUCUGUUCGUUCUGGGACGGAUGAGGAGUCUGGUGAAGAGUACGCCCGUCAUAAACCUGACGGAGAUAUACAACAAGAAGAUGAGAUUGGACCCCGUAUUGCGGUUCGUGAAAUCGAUGACGGUCAUACGCACAUUCAGCGCCUGCGUGCGUAUGGUCAAUCUGAUUCAACAUCUCCGAUACAAGUGUCCACGGCGAAUGAAGCAACGGCUGGCGUCAAUGAUAAACCACGAAUCAAUGAAGACGGUGGUCAACCACCAGUUGUUGGAGACUCUAGAGCUUCAUGUCCAGGAUCUAAAAUUGCUGCAAAGGCGCUGUCGAAGAGUAACUAUGGGGCGAUGUUUAGUUGGGCAUCUGAGGUCACUCGUUUCCUUUCCAGCCGAGGUCACGCAUCUAGAAGCUCUGAGCGGAGAGAAUGCAGACUGUUUCUAGGAAAAUUGAGGCGACUCAAGAUUAUGCGUGAUGAAUCACAAGCUCAAGCUCUAGUGCACCAGAUACAAGCUCUUCGAGUGAAGCCUGCGAAUGAAGAAUUUUUUGAUUUUCAAGAUUCUUGUGAAGCUCGAAGAGAAGAUCAUCUAGCCGAUGGGAUCGAGGUAAUUGAGAAUGGAUACAAUACCUCAUCGAUCCAAGAGCACUCACAUGCUACGGAGCAAGAAGAGGACCUUGAUUCCCAAAUAGGUGAGUCAGAACCAACGUCCCCCGGAAAAGCCAACGAGGAAAUGGAGCGGUUCAAAUCAGGCUUUUUACCGCAGAGCCAAGAGGAGGUUCAAUUUUGGCGAUCUGAAUGGAUGAAGGAAGCAAAAUGGCGACUGGAGGACUACGAGCACAUGCAAAACACCAUGUUUCUUCUGGAAAAUGCCAAAAGGUUUCCAUAGACGCCAAGAUUACCAGUACAAAGUCGACACGUUACUUUCUUCUCAACUCGGGACAGAGCAAGUAAUGACAACGUGAACCGAAACAGGUGAUAUCUUCAAUCUCCCCCACGGUUUUCACUCGAAGGACUGAAUCCAGACAUUUCUGUAAGCUUCAACAAUUUGGCCUUCCACGGAGAGAGAUCUGAGAAUCCAUAUCUACACCAUUUCUGGAGUUUUGCCCCACAUUUUUGAUGUGUUGAAGAGGUAAAGUACGUGCUUUUGAGUUUUACCUCAAAGUUGAGUUCUAGUCAGGCAGAAGAAAGUCGAGGACCAUGUAAUCAAAGAGUUCAUACUGUAAGAUCUUCGGGAAGCUGUAUAUAGAGAGUGAACUAAUGCUCGUGAAUUGAAAAUGCUCAUAAAUAAAAUGGGAUUUUCUUCGAAUGUUGAUUUU